AGUCCUAUUCUUACAUCUCAGUCCGUAUAUUGUGUCAAGACUAGUUGCCAUUAGACCAGAGGGGACUCUUACCAUCCAACCAGGCGUCAAAAUAAUAUUUGCAACAGCUGAAGCUGGUUUUGAAAUCCAUGGUAAUCUUUUAGCGCAAGGGGUUGGUAAUCUUGCUGUUGAGUUCACACCAGACGAUGCCGUCUCUGAAAUUUCCUCUUUUUGGUCUGGGCUAAAUUUUGUGUCUGGUCAUUCCUCACUGCAACAUGCUUAUGUAAAAGGGGCACGCGUAGGUAUCCAAGCAACAGGCUACUCUGUCACUCUAGAUCACGUGACCAUCACACACUGCGCAGCUGGGAUCAAGUACACCGACGGAGAAUCAUCCGCAAACUCUACAAUGAUAUCUGAUUCCUACAUAGGGCACAAUGGAAAACAUGGUAUUGAAUUCAAGGGUAGC